AUGGUCAAUGAAUUUAACCAAUGCUACAACAAAUUGGUUGGAGAACAUUAUAGCGGGUGGAAUGAUGAUCAAAUCAAACAACAUGCACGAGAGCUUUUUCACCAGAAUAAGAAUAAGCAUUUUGUAUAUGAACAUGUAUGGGUGAUGUUGAAAAUUGAUCCGAAAUGGAAAGCAAAUACUCCUAUGCAGCGUUCUUCAAAAAAGGUAAGGACUGAUGAAAGCGGGGCAUACACUUCUUCAUCCAAUGUGGAUUCAAGUUUUGACAUCGAUGAUAGUGAAGUUCGUCCACUUGGUCAAAAAGCAGCAAAAAAGGAAAAGAGAAAGGAAAAAUCAAAAACGAAUGAGCAAGAUGUUGAUGGAGAACUUAAUCAAAUCCGGAGGAUGUUGAAAAAGCACAAAGAAGAAAAAUUGCAAGCUAUGGAAAACUUAGCAAAUAAGUUAGACAAUUAUAAUUUUGGAAGUGAUUAUGAAAUCUUAUUGAAGGAUACCCCAGGCAUGUCCGAGCAGCAGCUUAAAAUUCAUGAGCAAAUGUGUUCCAUCCUAAAAGUCAAGUAUAAUAUUCCUUAG